AUGGCAAAAAAAAAAAAUUACUUAUCGGUUGAUACAAGUAAAAUAAAAUUCGUUGAAAAUUCUGAAUCGGAAGAUUUCGAAAUUGAGAACGAUAGUAAUACUGAAAAUUUUAAUUCUGAUGAGGAAGUGUUAAGUGAUAACAAUGAAGAAACAGAUGAUAACACUUCCAUGAUAGAUUUAAAGGAAUCAAUAAAUAACAAGAAAAAAAAGAAAAUAUCUAAUUAUGAUGAAGAUGAAGAAGAGGAAGAGGAAGAGGAAGAAGAUGAUGAAGAAGAUGAUGAAGAAGAAGAAGAUGAUAAAGACAAAAAAGAUGAUUAUAUCAAAAUAUCAUGGAAUAAAAAUAAAAGAAAUUAUUAUCAAAAGGAAAGUGAAGAAUCAUCAAGUGAAGAUGAAGAAGAUAAAAAUGAAAGAAUAAAAGAAGCUAUUUAUUUAAAUAAAAAAGAAAAAGAAAAUAUAAAUGAAAAUGAUUUUGAUUUGCAUAAUAUUUAUAUGAAUGAUAAGGAUAACUUACAAACCAAAGAUAAAGAAGAAUGUGAUUCCUAUAAAGAAAAGGAUAUCGUUAAACAAUUAAUUAAUGAUAUAAACGACGAUUUAAAAGAAAAAAAAAAAGAGAUAAAAAUAGAAAAUAAAGAUAAAAAUCAAGUUGAAGAAAUAAUUAUAAGCGAGCAGAAAGAAUAUAAGAUCCUUUUAAAAGAAUUAUCAUUCAAUAUUCAAAAAGUUUUCAAUGAAAUUAAAGAAAAUAAAAAACUAUUUGAAUUUAAAGAUAUUAAUGAAAAUAAUGUUAGUCCUUCCGAUAUUAAUAAAAAUACUUUACUAUAUCUCAAAAAAAAAAAUGAAACAUUAUUAACAUACAUAAUAUAUAUUAUAUAUUAUGUUUUUCUAAAGAUUAUGAAUUGUUAUAGUCAUAGUCAUCCAGUUUUAGAUAAAUUAAUAUAUAUGAACACUAUCAUAUCUAAAACAAACGAAUUAGAUAGUAAAAUAAAAUUCAAAAUUCAACAAUUAAAUAAAUCAAUGGAAAAUAAAAUGGAAGAAAUAGAUUCACCCAAAGAAAAUGAAAAGAAUAUUUCCAAAAAGGAGAAAAAAAACAAAAUCACUGAGAGAAAAUUACAGGAAGAUGAAGAAGAUGAAGAUGAUAAUGAAGUUGAAGAUGAGGAAGAGUUAAUUGAUUCUGAAGGAGAAAAUAAUGGGGAAGAUGUAGAUAAUGAGAAUGAAAAGGAUAAUGAAGAUACUGAGGAUGAUGAAGAAAUAGACGACGAAAAUGAGUUAGAUAGUGAAGAUAAUGAAGAUGAAGAAGAUGAAGAAGAUAAAGAAGAAGUAGAUGAUGAAACAGAAAUAGAUAGUGAAAAUAGUGUAGAUGAAAAAAAUAAAAACAAAAAAUACAAAAUUAGUAAAAGUAUUAUAACAGAAUACACAGAUAGUCAUAUUAGAGAGAAGGAAAAAGAAGAAAAAAAAAAAAAAAGAGAAAAAAUAAAAAAUGAGAAAAAUAUAUUUUUAAAAGAAAUUAAAGAUAUGAUUUCAAAUAGACCAGAAAAAAUAGAAGAAGAAAAUUAUUUAAAAAAGAUGGAAGAAAAAUUUAUGAAUUUUGAUGAAAAAAUUUUAAAUAAAAAAAUGAAGAAAUUAAGCAAAAAAAAAAAUAAAAUGAAUAAUUUAAGUAACGUUGGAAUGACAACAAAUGAUUUAUUGAAGUUUGUUGAAUUACCUGAAAUGAACCAAGAAAAUGAUAAAAACAAUGAAGAAAAAAAAAUAUUUAGAAACAAUAUUAAUAAAAUAAAGCAAAUGAAGAAAAAUAAAUUAACAAAUAAUCCAAAUGAUGACUUUGUUUCUUUUAAGAAGUUUGACAAAAAUAAAAAUGUAAACUCUUCUUACAAAAGUCAAGACAAAAAUUCAAAUGUUACGUUUACAAAGGUAAAUACAAUAGAAGACGAAGGAAUUAAAGACAUGUUGAAUUUUAAAAAAAAGAAAAAAGAAAAAAGAAAAAUUCUCAUGGAUAAUAAAAAUAAAGAAAUAAGAAAAAAAUUAGUUGAUGAAGAGAAUGAAAUUAAUGAGAGAAGAAUUCCAAAUAAGAAAAUUAUACAAAAUAAAGGAUUAGUAAGAAAGAGAAAAUCAACCGAUGGAAAUGCAAGAGUACAUAAUAGAUUUAAGUUUAUGAAAAAGAUGAAAGUUUAUAAUAGUCAACAUGCUAAAUUAAAAGUUCAUGAUGAUAACUACAUGGGAGAAAAAAGAGGAAUAAAUCCAUUCUUGAAAAAGUCAAUAGAUAUUAAAUAA